AUGCCUUUAUACACGCAUGGCAAGGCUAUUCAGCCUAUGCAUAUGGUCAUGAUGAAUUGCAGCCUAUUACAAAUGGUAACACGGACUCAAGCAUCUAUUUUUGAUGCUCUUGAUACAAUGAUUAUUAUGGAUCUCGAAGACGAAUAUCAGCGAGCAUUACAACAUAUUAAACAAGUGAAUUGGACAAAUACUCAACAACCUUCAAAAACCUUUGAAACUAAUAUUCGAUAUUUAGGUGGACUUUUAUCUGCUUAUGAUUUACGUCAUGAUCCAUUACUCUUGGAGAAAGCAAAAGAAUUAGCAGAUGUUGUUAUCAUGCCAGCGUUUAAUACACCGAAUCGUAUGCCAGCUGCUUUUGUUAAUGUUUCUGUAGGUCAAGUUGUCGAGAAUGAUGUAAUUAUUUUAGCUGAAUUUGGUUCGCUUCAAUUGGAACUUGUACGUUUAAGUCAAUUGACCGGUAUCGAUCAAUAUAGUCUUACAGGCAAUCAUAUUAUUGAUAAAAUAUCGCAAGUGCCUUCUACUAUCCCUGGUCUAUAUCCAAUGAUUUGGAGUUUACAAAGUUUUACACCACAAAGCUCUUAUAUAACUAUUUCUGGAGGUGCAGAUAGUUAUUAUGAAUACCUCUUAAAGACCAAUAUAUUGAUGGGAGGAAAUGAGCAAAUUCAAUUAAAUAUGUGGCUUACAGCCGUGGAUAGUAUGCAACGCUAUUUGCGUUCAGAGACACAAAAUGGAAAUGUAUAUCUUGCAGAAUUUCAAAAUUUAUAUAAAUCAUUUCAUUCAGGGGAGCUAAUAUGUUUUAUACCUAGUAAUCUACUAUUAGGUGCUCGUUAUUUGAAUAAUAGUACUAUUGAAAAAUUUUCAAAAGAACUAAUGCAAUCAUGCUAUAAUGUUUGGGUUAAUACUCCAACGGGGAUUGCCCCUGAAACAUGGGUUUGGAUAGAUAAAACUGAAAAUAUGGACUUCUAUCCCGAAGAUAUGCAAAAAUCAGUACUUGAAACAGGAUUCUUUGCCCAAGACGCAAAGUAUGAUUUAAGACCAGAAACCAUUGAAAGUUUAUUUUAUUUUUAUCGUCUUACUGGUGAUAAAAUAUAUCAGGAUAAAGCAUGGACCAUUUUUGAGGCAAUUGAAAAAUAUUGCAAGACAUCAUCUGGCUAUACACGUAUAGGAAAUGUCAUGAACAUAGUAGAUGUUAAGCCUUUAGACUUUGAAGAAAGCUAUUUCUUUGCAGAAACAUUGAAGUAUCUCUAUUUAAUUUUUAAUGAUCCUAGUUACAUUUCUCUGAAUGAAUAUGUAUUUAAUACUGAGGCUCAUCCAUUUAAACUUGAUAAGCCUAUUCAAGUUCAGGCUACAUCGUUUUAUUAG